AUGAGUCAUUUGCUCAGAACUGAAAAUGCCUCAGGACCCAGGGAAGCAGCAAGGGAAACCCAAGGCCACUCACAGCUCCAUUUCAGUAACCCAGCAGGAAAUCAGCUGAUGGAGUUCAGCCUUCAAAAUGCUUCCCAGAAGCAUGUCGAGAUCAGCAGGCAAUGCCACUGCAAAAAUUUUUUAUCACCUCCAGAAAAGCUCAUCUCUGGGAUCCUGGGCAUCAUCUGGUUUGCCUUAUUGGUAGCCUUGGUGAUAACAACCAGACUUGUCACUUCAUAUCCUGAAGCAAAGGCCCGGUUUAACUCCUCCAUGACUAGAUCACAGAAAGUACACCAUUGUAGUCAUUGUUCAAAGGAGUGGAUAUCAUAUUCCCACAAUUGUUAUUAUAUUGGUGUGGAGAGAAAAACUUGGAAUGACAGUUUAGUGUCCUGCACUUCCAAAAACUCUACUCUGCUUUACAUAGAUAAUGAAGAGGAGCAGGAAUUUCUGAAAUUGCUCUCACUGGUCUCAUGGACUGGAGCCUUUAGGAAGAGCAGAAAUCAACUAGGGGUUGGGAAUAAAGACCGAACUUUGAAAUCAAAGAAAACAGAGUUUUCCCGUGUUGAACAUAACUGUGUCAUGCUGUCAGCUUCUGGCCUCAUAAGAGAUGACUGUACAGCUUUACAUACAUAUCUUUGUAAGCGUAAUUUCAACAACUAAAACACCUGUACUUGGAGUCUGCCAGGUAAUGUUAUAUUUCAUAACCUGAAAAUAGAAUUACAGUUGUGUACAUCUUAAAGUGAAUUUUUUUAUUUGCACUAAUAAUGAAUUUUUAAAAAAUCAUUGAAGUCUAGUAAACACAAAAAAGUACAAAUAUUGCUUUUGUA